AUGCAAUUUAAUCACGACAAUGUUAGGCCAGUACAGUUGCAAUAUGUGGAAGUGCUCCCUAAAAAGGCUGUUAAUAUCUUGAAGGAAAUUAGUCAUGAUGAUGAUUCGUGCGUUAAAGUGUUGCUUUCCAUGAUAAAAGUCGUUCCUGUUAAUGCUUUAGUUGGUCGUUUGGAUUUCUUGAAAUACAACAAAUCAUCUCUAAUGAAGCUGCCUUGUAAGAUAUUUGAUCCCAUUCCACUUGGUGAAGCUGUUGAUGUUGAGAGGAUGAAGGAUGUAGAUUCUGUAGCAAUGCCUAAAGAUUUAAGAGCUGCAGUUGUAGCUGUUAAAUGUGAGGAUGAUCGAAGGCUCUUUCACAAUGCUACAAUGCGAAAACAAAGAAGAGAAGUCAGUGACAGAUGGCUUUACGGGUUCUCAUGGGUGGUGUUAGAUGGGAUUGUGAUGAUAUACUCUCUAGUUGAGGAUCAAGAACUGUUGUUGAUAGCUUUACAGUGUAUUUAUUCCAAAUACCACAUUCUUUGGAUGGAGAAAAGGGUCACAAGAAUUAUCGGAGCAGGGGUUCAAUAUGAGUCUUAA